CGCACCAGUCGGCGUGGCAGGCGUAGGCGUGGGCGGGCCGCUUCUCUACCGCGUGCGCGUCAGCGUCGGCGGCCGCGCCUGGCUCGGCGAAGGCGCCACACCACAAGCCGCGCGACAUGACGCCGCAGCUCGAGCCUUACACGAUCUGAGGCCCUCGCCUGGAUCACAAGUCGCUGCUGCUACGGCGACACCCGGCGCUGCUGCUACGACCAACGGCACUGCUACGACAACUACAGCGCAGACUGAAGGAGAAAAUGGCGACGCGAGCGCCGACAUCCUGAACUCGGAGGUGAAGUCGCCGGUGUCGCUGGUGCACGAGCUGGCGCUCAAGCGGAACCUCUCCGUGCAGUUCACCGUCAAGUCCGAGCGCGGCCCGCCGCACAUGCGGGUGUUCGUAACGGCUUGCACAGUGGGCGACAUCGAGACGGAAGGCGAGGGCAACGGCAAGAAGGUGUCCAAGCGGCGCGCCGCCGAGCGAAUGUUGGACGAGAUGCGGCGCCGCUGGCCGCCCGCGCUGCUGCGCCCGCGCCCGCCGCACGACAAGCGCCGCCACCAGCCCGCCAAGAAGAAACCCAGGAACCUCAUCAAGACUGAAGGCGAGGGUGACGGCAAGAAGGUGUCCAAGCGGCGCGCCGCCGAGCGAAUGUUGGACGAGAUGCGGCGCCGCUGGCCGCCCGCGCUGCUGCGCCCGCGCCCGCCGCACGACAAGCGCCGCCACCAGCCCGCCAAGAAGAAACCCAGGAACCUCAUCAAGGAGGGGUCGAUGUCCCCCGCGGGCGCUGUUACAACGGGGGGCGCGGCGGGCGAGGUGCGGCAGCCGGUUCCGGGCGUGCUGCUCAUGGACUACCACCAGCGCUCCGGCCAGCCGCCGCAGCCCAACG